AUGGUAACAAGGCGGCACUACAGUGCUGACGACUCUCGUGCCAACAGGCAUGCACGGCAAGACAUCACAGCUACAGGCAUUAGUGCUGUCACCUCUUGCGGACGGCUUGUGAUUGUUACACUUAAACUAAGCCUUAAGCUUGCAGCGUCGUUGAUUUUCUACGUGGGUGUGGGGCACCGACCAGGUGGAGAAAGGCAUGACAAGCGCCGUCUCCAUCUCUGCUGCCAGCAUCCGGAGCGCAGACGCGAAAGCAACUUCUGUGCAAUUGAGGCAGGAGCAGUAUGCCUUGUUUAA